CUUGCAAUUUGUUCACAGCUCCAAACGCUGCAGGUUACAAACUGAGACAUUCACAGUACGGUAUAGUAGUGGAGAUGUGCGCACACAAACUGCAUGAAAAGACUUUCUCCUGUGUCCACUGACCAGAUCACCUACUUCAAACAUCUUCAACAUUUCAGAGGCUUUGGCGCUGUUUGCUUGUGAUGUCACAAAUGCAAGACACGUACAUACACGAGGGCAGAGCUUCCUCCUCCUCCCCCUCAUCACCUAAAACACGGACAGACGGUCGCGUCUGAGAACAGCCCACACCAGAAAAGCACCAUCACCUCGUGCAGCAUUCAAAUAGAAACCACAUCAUUGGCGGGUGAAUGCUGACUUCACACUGCACACACACACACACACAGGCUGUUCACUCUGCUGCUGCUGAAGUGCAACAUCGCUGUUGACCCUGUUUGUUACUGUAUAGUUGGAGGAGGGCGGCAUGCCUGUGCGUCAGCCUGCUGUUUACAGAGAAGUGUGAAGCUGCUCGAGCAUGUGGUUGCUGCUGGUCACCCCUGGCACUGACCUCUCACCUCCGUCCUGAUCACAUAAAGAGAUACACAAGCUGUUAUGGGUGUCUGAGUCAAUUCAAAUGAGUCUGAAUAUGUCUGGAACGGGAGGGGAGGACUCCUCCUCACGAUGUGGCUUCAAUAUGAGCGAGUGGGAAAAGAGCAUGGAGAAGAUGUACACCUACUUCUACCUGCUGCUCUUCAUCCCGGGGCUGCUGCUCAACACCACGGCUCUCUGGGUCCUCUGCAGACAUAUCAGUAAGAAGACCAAGGCGGUGAUCUUCAUGAUAAACCUGGCGUUCGCAGACCUGGCACACAUCCUCUCUCUGCCGCUCAGGAUUUAUUAUUACUUCACGCACACUUGGCCCUUUGGAAAAAGCGUCUGCUUGCUCUGCUUCUACCUCAAAUAUCUCAACAUGUACGCCGCCAUAGUGUUUCUGGUGUGCAUCAGUGUGCAAAGGUGUGUCUUCCUGCUUGACCCGUUCGCUGCUCGCCGGUGGAGGCGGCGCUUCGACUUGUUGAUCAGCCUCAUAGUGUGGCUGGUGGUCGGCCUGGGCUGCUCGCCUUUCAUUCUGAUGCGGAGCAGCAGUCCGACCAACACGUCGAAUCCUCUGGAUGCUGCUUCUGCCCACUCACCUUUGAGUUCAAGCACCAGGCAGACAAGCAUGUCCGGUCUAAAUUCUACCAACGGUAGCUGCUUUAAGGACUUGCCCAUGCGUCGUCUGCCUGUCUAUCUGGCGGUCACCAUGAUGGCUCUCGCUGAGCUCUUCGGUUUCCUGAUUCCUCUGGCCUGCAUCAGUUACAGCUCCGUCCGCAUCGCCCAGUCCCUCAAGCAAAGACAGAUCCAGGAUCAGCAAACCUCACUCAACUCUUCAGCACGCAGCCGACUCCAGUCAGUCGCCUCCAGCAGCCAGACAGAUAAAUGUCAUGAGAGGCAGACAAACAGUGAGAAGCGGCGCGCUCUACAGAUGGUACUGAGUUGCUUCAGCCUCUUCUUGUUCUGCUUUGCGCCCUACCACCUCAACUUUCUGCUCUAUCUGAUGGUGUCACAGGGCAUCGUGUCUAACUGUGUGACCGAGCAGGUGGUGCGUCGUUUCCACCCGGUGUCUCUGUGCAUGGCGAGCCUGAGCUGCUGCCUCAACCCUCUGCUGUAUUACUUUCUAACAGCCGAGUUCAGGUCGCACCUCACCAGGCGCAGCUCCUCCUUCACCGCCUCGCUCCUCUCCUCCCCGAUCAGCUCCCCAACCCAGCGUCCCGCACAGUCCAGAAUGGUCAGCUUGGAGAGUAACUGCUCAGACAGGGAAUAGCAUUAUUCAGAUGUGUGUUUAGAGAAUGGCAGCUAACCGUGACAAACAGAUGAGUCACCAUGAUGCUUUCUGAUUGAAUCAGACAGCAGAUGCAUGAGUUUGCAGAGUUUGGGUGAAUUAAUGAUUCAUUUGGUGAAUACUUUGAUCUACUUUAGACUCCAGGAGUUUGCAGUCAGUACAUAAACUUUACCACACAGGACCGCAGUGGGACUUAGGGCCCAGUUACACCAACGUUUGAACUGGCAAAAACUCAAUGAAAUCAAAUUCCCCUAACACUAACGGUCAAUGUAAAUCUGUCUUUGCUUUCGCAUUUAGUUCGACUUUGACUUGCAAAUUUGCAUCUUGACUGUGCUUGGUAGGAAUGGAGAACCGGAGAGCCCAAAAUAGAGGAUGCUUUUAUAGCUUAUUUGUUGUGCUGCACCAUCCACUUUUCCCCCCCAUGCGGGAGUAUAACCCACGCCACAAAAGAGCAAUUGUUUGCAGACAGUUGUGAGACAGGAGUCGAUGGUAAAGCACUUGAACUUUCCCAAUAUGAACCGAGCUAACAAGCCUGCAAACUCAGAGUUGUUGUUGUUGCAUGUGGGACGUCAUACAAGAUAUUAGUACAAAUUGUUUCAUUUUUUCAUAGAGCCAUGCACGGUGAGAGACUAAUGGCCCAUACUUAGGAAUAUACAAGGUUUCUAUACCUGCAGCAGCAGCAUGCAUAGAGAUGGACUCAGCGUCCCGCACAGUCCAGAAUGGUCAGCAUGGAGAGUAACUGCUCAGACAGGGAACAGCAUUAUUCAGAUGUGUGUUUAGGAAAUGACAGCUAACCAUGACAAACAGAUGAGUCACCAUGAUGCUUUCUGAUUGAAUCAGACUGAUGUUGGACAGUGAGAUGAUUGCACACGUUACAGCUGUCUGAAUGAAAACUGACCCAAAGACUCUCCCAGGAGAGGACAUCGCUUUGAAACAAUUAAAUCUUCAAUCAGCGGUUGAAAUGAUGUCUCUGUUUGAAAAAUGAGUGAGCACACGAUAUUUAUAUAACCCAGCUUGUAGUUUAACUCCAGUGAACAUGCUACAAUUUUUAAAUAAGCUACAUCAUAAAUGUGAAAGCUGUAAAUGUGAAUGCGUUUGAAUGUAACCUGUAAAUAAAGCAUGUGUGCGCUUUCUGAUA